AUUUUUUGCCAUUGUUUUUUCACACGUGAACGUGUUCGGUGAGGUUAAUUAAUUAAAAAGUUAAAAAGUAAGAAUGGCUGAUGCAACCAGUGAAAAACUAUCAAAGAAUCGAAAUAACUUUGUAUAAUGUUGAAAACUCUCUCUGUACUUUUUCGUCCAAGAGUUUGGAAAUUCUCUCAGUUGACUAAAAGUGAGCUGAAACGACGCUUAAAAGCUGAACAAAAAGCGAAAGAGAAGGCCGAGAAAGUCGCCCAACAGCCGGUCGAAACAAAACCUAAAGAAAAGAAAGAAUCGGAGGAAGAUAUCACUCCCAAUGAGUUCUUCAAGCUCCGCACGCAAAUGGUGGCAAACCUCAAGUCUCUGGGAGGCGACAACCACCCAUACCCCCAUAAAUUCCACGUGUCGAUUUCGCUGCAAGAAUUCAUCGAAAAAUAUUCGGAUCUCAAGGAUGGGGAAGUCGUCGAGAAGGAUAAAUUAAGCGUUGCCGGUCGCGUCCACGCAAUUCGUGAAUCAGGGGCUAAAUUGAUUUUCUACGAUUUGAGGGGCGAAGGCACCAAAUUGCAAGUUAUGGCAACGGCGCGGAAUUACGGUGACGAGGCGAAAUUUGCCGAAGAUAUCGGGAAAAUCCGACGAGGGGAUAUCAUAGGUGUGGAGGGGGUUCCCACAAAGACGAAAAAGGGAGAAUUGUCAGUAAUGCCAACCAAAAUUAAGAUACUAUCCCCAUGUUUACACAUGUUGCCACAUUURCAUUACGGUCUCAAGGAUAAAGAGACGCGUUUCAGGCAGAGGUAUCUUGAUUUGAUAAUGAAUAGCCGAGUCAGGGAGAUUUUUGAAAUUCGGGCGAAAAUCAUUUCGUACAUGCGGCGGUUUUUCGACGAAUUGGGAUUCCUGGAAGUAGAGACGCCGAUGAUGAACAUGAUCGCAGGGGGGGCCACCGCCAAGCCCUUCAUAACUCAUCAUAACGAAUUGAAUAUGGAUUUGUUCAUGAGAGUGGCUCCGGAACUGUACCUUAAAAUGUUGGUCGUGGGGGGCUUAGACCGUGUUUACGAAAUCGGGCGUUUGUUUCGCAACGAAGGAAUUGACUUGACCCAUAACCCCGAAUUUACGUCUUGUGAGUUUUACAUGGCUUACGCAGAUUAUCACGAUUUGAUUGCAAUCACCGAGGCGCUUGUCUCCGGGAUGGUUAAGAGUAUCCAUGGGAGUUAUAAAAUCAAGUAUCAUCCAGAGGGUCCCGAGGGGGAGGAGGUCGAAAUUGAUUUCACUCCACCGUUCAAGCGGAUCCCGAUGAUCGCAACAUUGGAAGAGAUCCUCAAAGUGAAAUUCCCUUCACCGGAAGAUUUGAGUUCAGAUUCGGCGAAUAAAUUUUUGAGUGAUCUUUGUACGGCGCAUAAUAUCGAGUGUCCCUCGCCGAGGACCAGUGCGAGACUUCUGGAUAAGUUAGUCGGGGAGUUUAUCGAGGAACAGUGCGUUAAUCCCACUUUUAUUACCGAACAUCCCCAAAUUAUGAGCCCCCUUGCCAAAUGGCACAGGUCGAUACCGGGUUUAACGGAAAGAUUUGAGUUGUUUGUGAUGAAAAGGGAGAUUUGUAAUGCUUAUACUGAAUURAAUGAUCCAAUGGUGCAAAGACAAAGGUUUGAGGAACAAGCGAAAGCCAAAGCCGCGGGUGACGAUGAGGCCCAAUUAAUCGAUGAGAAUUUCUGUACGGCGCUGGAGUAUGGUUUACCCCCGACAGGGGGCUGGGGCAUGGGGAUUGACAGAUUGACGAUGUUGUUGACCGAUAACAAUAAUAUCAAGGAGGUUUUGUUGUUCCCAGCGAUGAAACCAGAUGAUCCCAAUAGGAAUAAAGAGGAAGAGGCGAAGGAAAAUGUGUGAUUUAUUUAUUUAUAGCUGAAUAUAAAUGUGAAACUGGAUUGAGCGUUCUUUAUUUAUUGCAGUUUUGACACACUYUUUGUUAAAAUGACUCAUUUUGAACAACUAAUAAAUUAUGUUUUAAAGCAA